AUGGAAAAAUCGAAGGAGCUUUCGGGGGCUCAAAAACGUAAACAGAGAAAGAUUCUUUGGGAAAAACGAGAAAGUGAAAAUUCAAAGAUUCGAAAAAUAACCAGUUUGUUUGAUCGUGUAAGUACAUCUGCAACUGCUAGCAAUGAAGCCAACACCAAAGGACAGAUGGAUACAGGAGACAACGAUAUAGGUCUAGUUGUUUCUGAAACUGAGAUUGAAUCCCAAGAAUGUACUGAAUGUUCCAGUGGCUCCAUACGUCAGGAUUAGUGAACUUUUUUAUUCAUUAUAUAUUGCCUUUUAAAAUUGACAUAGCAAAGUAAUAAGUUAUAAUUGCUUGAAUUAAGACCUGAAAUGUUUGUUAGAUUUUAUGGAAAUAUGUUUGUACUAAUUUCCAGGAAAUUUUAAAAGUGUGAAAUUAAGUGAGACAGCAGAAAGUCCAGAUAGUGAUGAUCACAUUGGACAUACGAUGAGCAAAUCAUUAGAUGAAUCUGAAUUGAGUACUAAUAUACCAGUAGCCGGUAUUGUGAAAAUAAUUAUAUCUUGUAGAAUAGCACAUAGGGUAGGCCUAUGACUUAAUCUGAUCAUACUGUACACAUGCCAGUUAUUCCAGAGUAGAUCAUAUAAUAAUUGUGUUUCUAUGAGGCAUUUUUGUACGUGUCAAAUGUAAAUAAAUAGCUUCUCCUGUGUAAUAAAAUGUUACUUUCAGAUCUCAGAAAAUGCUCAGAACUGGAAGAUUUUGAUCCCUGUGCUACCUGCCCAUCAGAUCGUGGAGACAACGAUAUGGGUCUAGUUAUUUCUGAAACUGAGAUUGAAUCCCAAGAAUGUACUGAAUGUUCCAGUGGUUCCAUACGUCGGGGUUAG